GUGGAGGCGGCGGCGGCCGCGGAGGGACGAUGCGCGAGUACAAAGUGGUGGUGCUGGGCUCGGGCGGGGUAGGCAAAUCCGCCCUGACCGUGCAGUUCGUGACCGGCACCUUCAUCGAGAAAUACGACCCCACCAUCGAGGACUUCUACCGCAAGGAGAUCGAGGUGGACUCGUCGCCGUCGGUGCUGGAGAUCCUGGACACGGCGGGCACCGAGCAGUUCGCGUCCAUGCGGGACCUGUACAUCAAGAACGGCCAGGGCUUCAUCCUGGUCUACAGCCUCGUCAACCAGCAGAGCUUCCAGGACAUCAAGCCCAUGCGGGACCAGAUCAUCCGCGUGAAGCGCUAUGAGAAAGUGCCAGUCAUCUUGGUCGGGAACAAAGUGGACCUGGAAAGUGAGAGAGAAGUAUCAUCCAAUGAAGGCAGAGCCCUUGCCGAAGAGUGGGGUUGCCCGUUUAUGGAGACUUCCGCUAAGAGUAAAACGAUGGUGGACGAACUCUUUGCAGAAAUUGUUAGGCAGAUGAACUAUGCCGCUCAGCCUGACAAAGAUGACCCAUGUUGUUCUGCCUGUAACAUACAAUAGCACCUGAGUAUGGCUGUCCUGGACAGGAUUUGCCCAAUACUGUAGGCGAUAGAAACCUCGUCUACUCUACUGCGGAGUUUGCAGGAUGCAUGGGGUGAAUCUGCAGUGAACUGCAACCCUUAUUCAGGAUUGAGCAGUGAUUGUCAGUUGAUAUCUCUGAGUAACAUUUGGGUUCAGUAACUACAGUUUUCACCAUUGUCCUCAGUCUCCUUUAUGCAUCUGCAACUUUCAGGCAUAGCCCAUGGAUCUACAGGGUGAUCUCAUUUGAAAGCUAUGAUGGCAUUGUCACUGAGUUGACAGAAGCAACUAUUGUACAAAUUAGAAAUAAUCACGGGGGAGAAAUAAGAAGAAUUCUUAUGACCACUUACAAUUUAAAUAUUUUGUCUUCUUUAAAAAAAAGUAAAGGAGAAAUAUUUUCCUACAAGAGUACUGAAAUUCAGGAAUCGCGAUAGAGCUUCUAACCAAUGUAUUCCGUCAAGUAAGAUAAUGACAGCCGACCUGCCCACAGCAUCACAGGCAGAGAGUCUUUGCUCAGUGGACACGUUUCUGUUUUUCAAAAUCGAUGCCUAAUUAUAGAUGUUAUCCUAAUUUGUGACAUGGAACUAACUCAUGCAUCAAUGGUUGAUAGAGCAAAAGUCAGAACAGGUUGUGUAAAUAUGCAAUCUGGCAUUAGAAUUUGUUAAAUUACCUGCUUGGCCACAGAAAAAUGGAGGCUCUCACAAGGGUUUGAUCAGAAUGAAAACCCCAAGUCCACCCUCUGUUAACUGAGGAGGGAUGGUCAUUAUGACUUUGCUGAACAAGAAGGAAACAACUGUGAUGGGAAGAGAUUGCCUAGCCUUACUAACAAGAAGCAUUCUAGUAGAUUAACUAGUACCAUCCUGUAAGGAAAAUGAAGCCAUGUUGCAUCCACAUGUUCCCGUUUGCAGAAACCUCGCAGGACAGUACAAAUACCUGGCCUUUUUACAUUUGUUAAAGCAGCAAAUUCCUUCUUGCCUUUAAGGGCUAUGGUUGUGGUGUGACCCUUGGCUAACCUGCUUUUGAAAUCAAGUUUGUUGUAGCAGAGCUUUAUUGCAGGCAUUUUAAAAAUUGAAUAACCAUGUGAAAUAAUUUGGGCUUAAAAGUAGAACAUAAAUUAUAGAGCAGAAGGUAAGGGACAAAAAACCUUUAUCUUUAAUUUUCCUGAAGAAUUAUAUAAAGGCUUUCUUAUAAUAAUUUUGCCCUGAUUACUGAAGUGGCAAAUAAAGCUAGAGUGAAUAUUUUGUUUUGAAAAGGUGCUCAAGCUCUGACCUUUUCGGUUUUUAUAGCCGUGAAGUAUUUAUUAUUUGCAUGACUAAUGGCACAGGAAAAACCUAUUCAUAAGUUUUACAAUCAAUGUAGAAGGGUUUUCAACUAACUUCAGAGCUACAAAUGCUGAAGAGAUGAUCUUGAGCUGGGCCUCUGGAGAUAAUUUGGCCUUCAGACUGCAAUAUCACUGAGCCUGCGAUCUACAUGCCGCUCCACAUUUUACUGGGUUCACGGUCUUGUGCAAGUAACCUCUGGUCUUACGUGUGUAACUGAGAGAAGAGUGUGUGUUUGUGUGUGCAUGUGUGUUUACUGUUCCUAAGAAUUUGGCACAAGUUGGAGAUAAUUGCCUAUACUGAGAAUCUAUACUGCAGAAUAUAGUAUAUCAGAAACAUUUUUCUUUUAAAUUAUUUGAGCGUUUUUAUACAUUGUUGAAAUCCUUGUUAGCUCCCAAAUGUUUAGUAACUGACAUUAAACUUAGAGGAUAGAAAAAAAGGUUAAUAGUAUUUUUCAUAGAUGAGCCAACUGAAGAGAUUUGUGGGUGAAACCAGGUUAUGGUUGUCAAAAAAACAUCUUUGAAUUGUGACUAUUUACAUUCUUCAGAAUGAUUUUUUUAUAAUCCUCAAUUAUGAAGCACCUUGUUUAUAGGACAAAGUUUUAACCAAUUUUAUUGAAACAAAUUUCACUAUGUAAAAGUUGAUUUGACUCAAACAUGUAACAAAAUCAAAUACUCAAGAGUGCAGUUCUUCUAUGGAAUCAGAAAUAUUUGUUAGUGAUUUUGUUGCGCUUUGAAGCCUUUGACUUCUCAGAAUGAUUUUGUUUAUUAGAAUUCUAUAAUUACUAGCAGUUUAUGGUAACUAAGAUUGUAUAGUAGAAACAUCUAUAAUGAUUUCAGUUUCAUGUUAUGAAUCGCUAUCAGAUGUGAAAAAAUAGAUUAAAUAAUGUGAAAGGUGUGACAAAAUGCAAGGUGGAAAAGAUUAACUAAAAUUCUGGAUUUCAGUUAGAAAUGCUUGUGUCAAACAAUAAGCUGGGCUUUAACUGUAAAAAUGCUAGCAGUAACUGAUUUGGCUACCUGAUCAGUGUUUCCACACAGCCCGACAUAUUAUUCUGGUUUUUCUUUUUUCUUUCCUUUUUUUUUUUUAAUUUUUUUUUUUUUUUAGGUUUUUGCCAUAGGGCGUAUACGCUCACUGUAGAGAGACAGAGAGACAGAAAGUGAGAAAU